AUGUCCGAUCCUUGCAAGCCUGAAGCCUGUGCGAUUCAAAACUGCCUCAUUUCAAGUGACUACAAGGAGUCAAAGUGUCAAGAUCUUGUUGACCAAUUGUACCGUUGUUGUGAUAAAUUUUACAAGGAAGACGGCAAGGAGAAUAAGUCUCCUUGUUGUCCCAAACCUGAUCUGCUAGCGCUCAAGAUGAAACAGCGCGGUUUAUAG